AUGUCGCGUUAUGACCCCCCUCACAAAAAAAAUUCCAGAAAACAUAAACCCAAGGAUUCCUCACCUAUUCGAGCAUCUCAUCCACCCCUCAGCUCCCACAGAAGACCUUUAAUCCUCACAAAAUGCGAUCAGGAAAUUACCUCCCCUCUCUGUGUUGCUGAGGGCAUAAGUGAUAAUGAUAGAAGUGAGGCCUCAGACGCUACUAUCUCCAUAGAAAGGUCUAAUGAUUUACCCAUUAAUUCUUGUGUGUCUCUAAUCUCUCAAGCUCGAAUUAAUUCGCGAGCCCAGAUCAACACGAAUUACAUAUCUAAACAGGGUACUUGCAUGUGUUGUGACCCAUCAAGUAUCGAUAAAUGUACAGAACUUGAGGCGAUGCGUCGAGGGUUAGCUCGGAUUCAAGCUGGUCACGGACGUCCAUCUGAUUUCCUACCCGAUAAACAAGACUCUCCGGUUGAUCCAUAUAUCAAAAAUAGUCUUGAAGAUAUUCGACGCAGUAUUAUGGAAGUAAAGGAGACGAAACAGAAUGUUAUUGGGAAUGGAACCGCAGAGACUCAGCUAGCCGGUCAGACAAAUCCAACCAGUGCAGACUAUGCUAGCUCUGGUCAAGACAGUCAUGUAAUGAUCACACUUCAUGAAAUCCGUAAUGGUAUUCAAAACCUAACAAGAGCAAUAGAAGGCGUUCAUGUGGGAACGAGAGCAAAUCCUAAUGCAAAACCUGAGGAUGCUCCUGUUAUUGAAGCUUUAGGAGAGAUUCAGAGAAGUUUGCGCACUCUUUUGGGUUUUCCGGAACAUUUACCUUAUGAACAAGCAGAAAAGCAUGAGAAUCACACAGUUAUGGGUGCUAUCAAUGCAAUUCGAACGAGUAUUAGGCAGUUAGAAACUGGAGCACAUGACGAUAUUGGAAGACAGCAGGCUGGUGAACUUGCUGAAGCAAUAAGUGAAAUUCGACAUAGUGUUCGAGCUAUGGCAGGACAUUCACCAAUAACUGAUGAUGAAACUACUCACGAAAAGUCAGAGUUAACCGUAGACAAGGUGACAGACACGAUGACAAAGAACUUUGAAGAAUUACAGAAAAGUCUUGAGAAGAUAUCGGAGCUGUUGAUGCACGAAAAUGGAGAUGGCAAAUUUCAACUAGACAAAGAGAAAUGUAAAAGGGAAAAGAAGGAGAAAAAGAAGAAACACAAGAGGUGCAGAAGUAUGUCGGAUAGUGAAAGUGAAGACAUCUGUACUGAUUCCGACAGUGAUCGAGAAUGUUGUAAGGAUUCCCAUCGAUUUGGGAAGACUUGUGAUAAAAUCAUUGACUUUCUGAUCUCAAAUGAGAAGAAGAGUGGUACUUAUCCUCAAAUUCAACUCUUGAUGCCGAACCAGCCCCCAAGAUUUAUAUCUCCAAUGUUCCGGCCUCCACCUAGACCCCAAAUGGCUUUACCACCCCCACCACCACAGCCAAACCAUGUACCUCCACAAAUGUACUCUCCGUAUUCCUGCCAUUUUCCAUCACCCCAGGUACCUGCAGGACCAAAUGCUUAUCAAUCAAAUAUUUGCAACCGGUAUCAGUUCAAGCAGCAACCACAAAUGGAGGUAAGAGAAGUAUCUCCUGAAGUGAACCUACCACCACCACCGCCACUGCAUGGUAUUGCUGUUCCUCAGAUGAACACUGUUCAGUCACAAGAUUUUGCUGAAUGUCCUAAAGAGAACACCAAACAACCUAUUUUGUUCAAAGCUACAGUUAUUGAUGACAAGGCAACUCCUGACAUUGUUUCGCGUAGCUUUAUAGGUAGUGUUGAGGCUGAUGAAAAUGGUAGUGGAAAGAAUUCAGAUCGAAAAUUCAUCUGCACACCUGUUAAUUGGUGA